GCAGUGAAAGUGGUAGCCAGUUGUCCUCGGUAUCAGAUCUCCGGAGGUCGUAGCUGAGCUCUUUUUCUGCGUUUCGCCUCGAUCCUUCCUAAGUCUUCCAGGUCCGCGUAGUGAGGAAGCGUCUCCACCAUCAUGGGGGGCGGAGACCUGAAUCUGAAGAAGAGCUGGCACCCGCAGACCCUCCGCAAUGUGGAGAAAGUGUGGAAAGCUGAGCAGAAGCAUGAGGCUGAGCGGAAAAAGAUUGAGGAGCUUCAGCGCGAGCUGCGGGAGGAGAGGGCCCGGGAGGAGAUGCAGCGCUACGCGGAGGACGUUGGAGCUGUCAAGAAGAAGGAAGAAAAAUUGGACUGGAUGUACCAGGGUCCUGGUGGGAUGGUGAACCGUGAUGAGUACUUGCUGGGGCGUCCCAUUGACAAAUACGUUUUUGAGAAGAUGGAGGAGAAGGAGGCAGGCUGUUCUUCUGAGACAGGACUCCUCCCAGGCUCUAUCUUUGCCCCAUCAGGUGCCAAUUCCCUUCUUGACAUGGCCAGCAAAAUCCGGGAGGAUCCGCUCUUCAUCAUCAGGAAGAAAGAAGAAGAGAAAAAAAGAGAGGUAUUGAAUAAUCCUGUGAAAAUGAAGAAAAUCAAAGAAUUGUUGCAAAUGAGUCUGGAAAAAAAGGAGAAGAAGAAAAAGAAGGAGAAGAAAAAGAAGCACAAGAAACAUAAGCACAGAAGCUCAGGCAGCGAUCGUUGCAGCAGCGAGGAUGAGCACGGCCGGGAGAGAUCUCAAAAGAAGAUGGCAAAUUCUUCCCCUGUUUUGUCCAAAGUCCCUGGAUAUGGCUUACAGGUCAGGAACUCUGACCAUAGCCAGGGACUGCAGGGUCCUCUGACAGCUGAGCAAAAGCGAGUGCGUGGGUUGAAGAAUUACUCCAGGUCCAGAAGCUCCUCUCCCUCACCUCCCAGACAUGCCAGCAAGAAGAGCACCAGAGAGGCAGGGUCUCGGGACAGGAGGUCUCGAUCGCCAGGCAGAAGGUCUCGGUCCCCAAGGCCAAGCAAACCGCACAACUCUAAGGUAAAUAGGAGAGACAGAGGCCGAAGUAAGAGCCUAUCACCUAAAAAAGACAUCUACCAAAGGCGGCAUGCUCAUGGGUACACCAGAAAGCUGUCAUCAGAGGAGCUAGAGCGAAAACGGCAAGAGAUGAUGGAAAACGCCAAGUGGCGGGAGGAAGAGAGGCUGAACAUCCUCAAGAGGCACGCUAAGGAUGACGAACGGGAGCAGAGGCUGGAAAAGCUAGACUCCCGGGAUGGGAAGUUUAUCCACCGCAUGAAGCUAGAGAGUGCAUCUACCUCUUCUCUGGAAGAUCGGGUGAAGCGGAAUAUCUACUCUCUACAGAGAACCUCAGUAGCUCUGGAGAAGAACUUUAUGAAAAGAUGA